AUGUUAACGAAAGUACUCUCUUUAAGCGCCUUGAUGGCGCUAGCGUCUGCUGGACUCCUGGCUGAACCACACUACUCGUCUGCUCCAGCCGUCUCCUCGCAAAGCAUCGUGCGCCAUGAUCAACAUCAAGCUGUGCAUACUGCACCAGUAGCCAUACAAACCGCUUAUCACUCAACUCCUGUAGCUUAUCACGCUCCUGCACUUGUUUCUACAGGUCACGCUGUAUCUUCUCAAUCUAUUAUACGUCAUGAUCAACCCCAUGUGAGCGUUGCAGCGGCACCUAUUUCCUACAAUUCUGCGCCUGCACACUAUGCCGCUUCUCAUAUUAACUAUGCCUCCCCAAUUUCGUACCAAACUUCUCCGGCUCGCAUUUCUACUGGCCACGCCGUGUCCUCUCAAACUAUUCAGCGUCAUGACCAACCUCACAUUACUGUAGCUGCCGCACCUAUUACUUACGCUACAUCACCCGCAUACUAUGCAACUUCACACAACAAUUACGUUGCACCUGUCUCUUAUAGUACAACUCCUGCUCUUAUUUCUGCUGGCCACGCUGUAUCUUCCCAAAAUAUUUUACGCCAUGAUCAACCUCAUGUCACACUAGCAGCUGCACCAGUAUCUUACAGUGCAACUACUUACGCCGCUGCACCUACCUACGCUACCAGUCAUAUUAAUUAUGCUACACCUGUCUAUGGAUCCGCUGCUCAUUCCUCUUCUGGUCAUGCUGUUUCCUCCCAGAGUAUUGUCCGUCAUAAUCAAGGCCACUCCAUUGUAUCUGCUCCAACUACCUAUACUGCUUCUUUUACCCCGUAUUCUUCUCCUAUAGCAUAUCAAUCCUCUUCUGUUCCCAAAUCGAUCGGACAUGCCGUUUCUUCUCAAACUAUUCAACAUCAUCCUGCCAUUGGUGUCGCUCCAGUAACUUAUGUCGCUACUGCAUCAUCUCACCAUUCCUCUCCUAACUAUGGUUUGAUCGCAGCUAAUCACCACGUAGAAGAAUACUCACAUCCCAAAUAUGACUUCGCCUACUCUGUGGCCGAUGGACACACUGGUGACAACAAGUCCCAACACGAGAGCCGCGACGGUGAUGCUGUCCACGGAGAGUACUCGCUUCACGAAGCUGAUGGUUCCGUGCGUAGAGUGGAAUACACCGCUGAUGAUCAUAACGGUUUCAACGCAAUUGUCAGUCACUCUGCCCCUGGGCAUCACCCAGCUUCGGCACCAGCGCAUAUCAUCUCACAGCAUUAA